AUGGACUCUCAACGACCGCCGCGUUCGGUCCCUCCACCGUCUGCUCAGCACCAUCUCCAACAACACGGGCGGUCGCCGCUCGCGGGCCCAGGCGUGAGCUUUGCCCCAAUUGAGCAAGGAGAUAGAUCUGCUCCUUUACCUUCUGAGCGAAGACAGCAACGAUAUUCGGCAUCCAUUGACCCCAACACGCUCAGCAACCUCGAUAAUGACCCCGAGGCGGUCGGUGCGCGGAUGGCGCGCAAACGCUCGCUCGUCAGGCCAGACAGAGAAAGAAUAGAUCCUACACAUCGACAGUGGCAUUAUAGAACCCAUGCCGCCCAGCUCGAGGACCAGCCUGGCUCACGCAUGGCCGUCCAUCCCUCGACUACUGGAAAUUUACCUUCACAACCCCUUCGCAGGGGCAAAUCGUUGCUCGCUCGGGAUCGAGACAUUGCAGAAUCCGGACUCGCACAGUUUAAGCGCUCCGCAACGCUACGAAGGAAAAAAGCUGCUACUGCUGCACCCUUGAAUGAGCCGAAACCUGGCUUUUGGGAUCGCAUUGGGCCUGGCCCUAAAGAUGCAUGGAUGAUAUACUGCUGGAUUCUCACGUGCUGCAUCCCCCCAUUCCUGCUGUCUUCAUGUGGCAUGAAGACUCCUGAGCAACAAAGGGCAUGGAGGGAAAAAAUGGGACUGAUUGCCAUCAUUUCCGUCCUCAUGGCCGCUGUUGGCUUCCUCACAUUCGGCUUCCAAAAUGCUGUUUGCAAAGACCCACCCGCGCAGUUCAAAUAUCAGCAAGUCGGCAACAGCUCUGUCAUUAUCAACGGUCGCGCGUACGAUUUCUCAAAGUUUAACCACCCGUCUGCCGGUGCCACGUUUGACGGCAAGACGAACCCGCUCAAUACGUUUGGCGUGGGUGGUCAAGACAUUUCCUUCAUGUUCCAGAGGGUUAACGGGACUUGUGACAAUAUCUUUACGCCAGGCCCCCGUUCUGUCAUCCCAUCGAGCGGCAAGAAACUUCAAUGGUAUUUCCCUUGCAAUGCCUUCCCGCAGACGGGUGGAGGAGCCAACGCAACUGGUUAUGACUCUGCUUUCCAAUGCCACACGACCACAAAGUCGAGAACAGAACUCGACAAAAUUGGUGCUGCGGGUCUCGUUUCCUACGAAUGGAAGGAUGUCCUUCAGUCCCCGCGCAACCUCGCGGUGUUUGAAUCCUCCAUUUUGGACCUCGAUCUUCUCAGGUGGCUGAACAAGGAUAUCGUCAGUUACCCGCCCAUCCUUGACGAGAUGAAGACUGCAAACGGCACAUGGAACAAAAAGGACAUUACAAUGUCCCUUCGACGCACCAAUCAGAUGGACAUUGGCUACUGCCUGCAGGACGUGAUCCGCGUUGGAUUCAUCGACAGCCAGACAAUUGGAUGCGUAGCAUCCAACGUCGUACUCUACAUUUCCCUCGUUUUCAUUGUCGGUGUCGUCGCGAUCAAGUUUGCCAUGGCCGUCAUCUUUGGGUGGUUCCUGUCAUGGCGACUGGGCUCAUUCCAUGGCGAGUCUUACAAGUCCAUUCGUCGUCGAGCAGCGGAGAUUGAGCAAUGGACGGACGACAUUUAUCGCCCAGCUCCAGCAAGAUAUCGACCCAACGUUGCGGGUGGCAAGGGCGGCAAGACGUUUUUGCCGAGUACAUCUCGCUUCUCCAAAGCCGAUGCGUUGAAGAGUGGUAACCGCCCAUUCUCAACCUAUGGAGACAAGGGCAGACUCUCCGUCUAUCCAGAACAAAAAGGGAGACCUCUUACCGCAUAUUCGACCAUAGAGUCCAAUCGUAAGAGCGUCGCCACUCAGAGCUUGUUCAGUGGCAAGAGUGGAUUGGCUCCGCCAGCGGAUUCCAUCUUCCGUGGAUCUCGUAGCUCAUCCUCACUUCCGAGUGACGAUAGCUCUCCGUGCCCAUUCCCACUUUACAAUGUCGUCCCGCAACCAGCUCCAGACUUCAUGCCGUUCAACUUCCCGCUGGCUCAUACAAUCUGCUUGGUCACCGCCUACUCUGAAUCCAUCGAAGGUCUCAGAACAACCUUGGACUCCCUUGCGACGACCGAUUAUCCAAAUAGCCACAAGCUCAUCAUGGUCAUCGCCGAUGGCAUGGUCAAAGGAUCUGGUAACGACAAGUAUACACCAGAGAUUGUAUUGGGAAUGAUGAAGGAUCUGGUCAUCCCCGAAAACGAGGUCGAGCCCCACUCCUACGUCGCUAUUGCCGAUGGUCAUAAGCGUCACAACAUGGCCAAGGUCUAUGCCGGCUUCUACGAUUAUGACGAUAACACGGUCGAGAAGAAGAAGCAACAGCGAGUGCCAAUGGUGCUUGUUGCCAAGGUCGGUAACCCUCUGGAACAACAAGAUGCCAAACGUGGAAAUCGUGGAAAGCGGGACUCCCAAAUAGUCCUCAUGUCUUUCUUGCAAAAGAUCAUGUUCGACGAACGCAUGACGACGUUCGAGUACGAGUUUUUCAACGCCAUCUGGAGGUGCACGGGUGUCUGUCCUGACAGAUAUGAACUUGUACUCUGUGUCGAUGCAGAUACAAAGGUGUUCCCAGACUCCUUGACGAGAAUGGCGGCAUGUAUGGUCAAUGAUCCGGAAAUUAUGGGUCUUUGCGGAGAAACCAAGAUUGCGAACAAGGCGGAGACCUGGGUCACCAUGAUUCAAGUGUUCGAGUACUAUAUCUCUCACCACAUGACCAAGGCUUUCGAGUCAAUGUUUGGUGGUGUGACUUGUCUGCCCGGUUGCUUCAGCAUGUACCGAAUCAAAGCGCCAAAGCAAGAGAGCGGAUACUGGGUGCCCAUCCUCGCCAACCCUGAUAUUGUGGAGCACUACUCGGAGAACAUCGUGGACACGUUGCACAAGAAGAAUCUUCUUCUCCUCGGAGAGGAUCGAUACCUCACGACGUUGAUGUUAAAGACAUUCCCCAAGCGCAAAAUGAUUUUCUGUCCGCAAGCUGUGUGCAAGACCAUUGUCCCCGACCGCUUCAGCGUCUUGCUGUCCCAGCGUCGUCGAUGGAUCAACUCUACCAUCCACAACCUCGCCGAGUUGCUGCUUGUCCGUGAUCUUUGCGGUACCUUCUGCUUCUCAAUGCAGUUCGUCGUCUUCAUGGAGUUGGCCGGUACCUUGGUCCUUCCCGCUGCCAUCUCGUUCACCAUCUAUCUUCUCGUCAUCAGUGCCAUUAACGGUGCAUCUGCAACCAGGAUUCCUCUCAUUCUUCUUGCCAUCAUUCUCGGUCUUCCUGGUUUGCUGAUCGUUGUCACCUCUCGCAAGGUGGCCUAUGUCGGCUGGAUGUUCGUCUACCUCCUUUCUCUCCCCAUCUGGAACUUUGUCCUCCCGACUUAUGCAUUCUGGCACUUUGACGACUUCUCGUGGGGUCAGACACGCAAGAUUUCUGGAGACAAGGGUGGUAAUCAUGGAGAUAAGGAGGGCGAGUUUGACUCAACUCACAUAGUCAUGAAACGAUGGGCAGAGUUUGAGAGGGACAGACGCUGGAGACUCAACCACUCGCGCGAUUCAUCCUACUUAGACCCAUACAGAUCUAUUUCUCCUAGGCGACCUGAGAGCCAUCGUCAAUCCCUGAUCUCGAUGCCGGAUACAUACGAUCCUUAUGGACGACCUGGAACCUUUAUGCAGUCGCAGCACUCGGAUUCGCCUGACGCCUCCCCUCAGCCGUACCCACGCACACGACAGGAUAGCGCACCUUUGCUGAUGUUGCCGGCUCCGUUGGCGGUCUCAAACCAACAGAGCGCCUCGGUCUCCUCGUCGCUGGCCGAAACAGCCUCCAUGUUCACAUCACCUGGACCCGAGAUGCACCCCAACUAUCGCCUUCACCGUACACCAGAUGACCUUCAAGCUUAUGGCUCUGAGCAUCACAACAGCGACAGAUCGGAGCGGGAACCGAUACUCGCGUCGCCCGUCGGGUCAGAUUCGAUGAUGUCUCCGGGAGCUCGCGGAAUGAACGUACUUGGCCACGAUGCGGUCAUGAAGAAUGCCGCGGGUGUCUCCUCGUAUCCUGGGGAGACCCCGAACCCGUAUCGCCAUUCGCAACAUCAUGUCGCUGCGUACGAGCAGGUGCCCAACCUCCAAGGCUAUAGCGCUGAAGUCGUGGAGGAGCAUGUUGUGAUGCCACCCACGCGACAGCGAGGAGUCAGUUUGGUCGAUCAUGGGCCGGUUGCCAGCCCUGAUGGACCCGUCCGACGGACACCUCGCUCGACCAAAAGAUCGUCCGCCACUAUGACUUCGACGUCGACUGGAGGUCAUUCACGAUUAAAACACCAGUCGCUGCCACUGUCGCCAGCGUCAUCUACUGCGCCAUACUUGCCCCCAGGUGCUGCUCCUCCUCAGCCACAACAAGGCAAUGGGCGCUACUGA